UUCAGAACAGUUCAGGUGAUGAACAAACACUGAUCGGGGAAAAGAUCAAAUGUGUAACUCUGGUUAAAAUAAGGAGUGUGCUGUGGUGUGUCAGUCACAGGUCUAAUAUCCUGAAGGACGUCUUUUUGUUUGGGAGCUCUGUGACUUCAGCUCAGCUGAGCCGCGUCUCACAUUUCAAAGCGGAACUCAGUCUGAGCCGGACUUUUGUUUCCGCACGAACUCAAAACCGGGUUCAUCCUCAUCACGUAGCAGAGAUGGCAGCCCUGCGGACGGCACUCCAUGCACGACAUGUUCAGGCACUCCCCUUCUCCAUUGGCUCGCUGCGAUUCGCCAGCUUCUUUAAGGCUGCAGAUAUCCACAUCGAACGCAACACGGCAUGCAAGCCGAAGCCCGACCCCUCCACCCUGGUGUUCGGGAAACAGUUUUCCGAUCACAUGUUGACCAUCAACUGGUCGGAGAAGGAGGGAUGGGAGGCUCCUCAGAUCAAACCUUUCCAGAACCUGUCGCUGCACCCCGCCAGCUCGGCCCUGCACUACUCCAUAGAGCUCUUUGAGGGCAUGAAGGCGUUUCGUGGAGAAGACAACCACGUCCGCCUCUUCAGACCCAUGCACAACAUGGAAAGGAUGCAUAGGAGCUCUGACAGAAGCUGCCUGCCGUUGUUUGAUAAAGCUGAACUGCUGGGGUGCAUCAAGAAGCUGGUGGAGGUCGAUCAAGAGUGGGUCCCCUAUUCCCAGGAGGCCAGCCUCUACAUCCGACCCACGUUUAUAGGAAUUGAGCCGUCUCUUGGCGUGUCUCGGCCAGGACAAGCCAUGAUCUUUGUCAUCAUUGGCCCAGUGGGCCCCUACUUUGCCACAGGGUCCUUUAACCCUGUGUCACUGCUGGCGGACCCUUCAUUUGUCAGAGCUUGGAAAGGAGGCGUGGGGGCGUACAAGAUGGGAGGUAACUACGGUCCCACCAUUCUGGUGCAGAACGAGGCGGUGAAGAAAGGCUGCCAGCAGGUCCUGUGGCUGUACGGAGAGGAGGAGGAGAUCACUGAAGUAGGCACCAUGAACCUCUUCAUCUACUGGACCAAUGAGAAUGGAGAGAAAGAGUUGUUGACCCCUCCUCUGGACGGCAUCAUUCUCCCAGGAGUCACCAGGCAAUCUCUGCUGGACCUCGCCAGAGCCUGGGGGGAGUUCAAGGUGACAGAGCGUAAGAUGGGCAUGAAGGAGCUGCUCGGGGCUCUGGAUACUGGAAGGAUCCAGGAGAUGUUCGGAGCAGGCACAGCCUGCGUGGUCUCUCCUGUCGGCAGCCUCCUCUACAAAGGAAAGACGUACCAGAUCCCGACCAUGGAGAACGGUCCAGAUCUGGCCAAGAGGUUCUACAAAGAGCUUACUGAUAUUCAGUAUGGACGUAAAGCAAGCGAAUGGGCACCAAUCGUCGUUUAAAUGACCACUUUGCACAUGUCCGAUAAUUCCAGUUUGGAUGACCAGUACCCCCAACCCAUUCUCACCCUACCCCUCCCUCUCUUUUAAUGCACUCCUGCUUCUUCUUUACCGAACCGGAGGAGACGGACCCUUCUCGUCGUCUUUUCUCCUCAGGCGACAUUUUCACGGAUGUUCCUCUCUCUAUGGACUCUCAUUGGAAGACGGUUGGUGGUUUUAAUGUAACGAGUAGCCAACCACUAUAUGCAGUAUUUCUGACUUGACACAACGCUUCACCUUGAGGUUUGAACUAUCGAGCAGGAAAAACAGCGGAUAAAGGAAGAGAAAAAAAAACAGAAGAUCAAAAAGAAAUCAGUCAAUAAUCAAAGGAUGAGCUGUGCCUAUGUGGUGAUGUCUAUUACUCUAAGACGAGUUGAUCUUUACACCACACAUCCAAUUCUGUUCAAGUGUUUGUCCUUGUUUUCACUUGUUCAUAUUAGGGAGCACAAAUGUUAAUUAUCAUUGCCAUCAACAAAAUUUAAUUCUUAAAACUAUGACGGAGUAUUAGGGCCAUACUGAAGAAAACAAAUCUGAGAUUAUAAGGAUAAAGUAAAUAUUUUGACAAUUAAAUUCAUAAUUGAAUAGAUGAAGUUGUAAUUUAUUAAGAAAAUAGUUGGAAUACUACUUGAAUUAAAUUGUAGAGUAUUUACAAACAAAUAUUUACUGGAAAAAAGUGAGACCAUUAUGAGAAUAAAGUCUUAACUUACUGAGAAAAGUCAUCAUAUUUUUAUUUUCAGAAAUAUCAAUCAAGGAGAACCUGUGCUUGCUGGAGUUCCAAUCUCAUUGUUUGUUUAGAAACUAUGGAACCCCUUUAAAUAUUGUGCAGGUGUAACUAACACCUCACAGUCGACCACUAUCAAACGUUUCCUCCAAGUCUGUGUGGAUAUUUCAGUUUCUUACAGAAUCUUUUUAAAGUCAUUAUGUUUUUGAUAAUGUUGAGCCGAUGAGACCAAAUUUUGUGAAUUUCAUUAUUUGUGUAACUUAUACGUAAGGACAACUUGACAAGAUGGUCCACUUUCCUCUUUUAAAAGCAGGCGACAGAAUGAUCUUCUCACACUCGCCCUCUAAACUGACAUUAACCUGAAAAUGGAGACUUUAUCCAAGUAACAUUAUGACUUUAUUCUUGUAAUAUUUAACACUAUUACUUUAUACUCGUAGUAUUACGACUUUAUCCACAAAAUCUCCCUUUUAGUGACCUUACUACUCCGUUGUGGGGGAAAAAAAUAGGCACAAACUGACAUUAUUCAGAAAAAGGAGUUUCAAUAUUUGCAAUAAUAAAGCUGCAGUGUAUUUGGUGUGUAGAACGUAGCAUUAGACAGCAUUUUAGUGAGUACUGUCUCUUAUCUUCACCACAGAAAAUACUUCUAUUAACAUUAACCUGUUCUACUUGCAAAAACCCUGUGGGGUUCUCCGGUGAAAACAUUUUAGCUGUUACUUGUGAGUAAAUGAAAUCCGAUGUACACACAUAGAAAGAUGUGGUUUUGUUGCUGUCGUGCACAUAAUGAUCUGACAGAGUAUAUUGUGGUCGGGGGGGGGGGCCAUGCCACAGAGUUUGAGUUUGCACUGACCUUGGGAGAUGACAGUUACGUUAUCUGAGCGUGACUCAGCUGUAGGAAACGGAAACACGAGCGGCUUUUUAAAUGUUUUUGUUGGUUUUAGUUUUGUCUGCACACGGAUGACACCAGGCGAGGUCAAAGUGAACACAGUGCACACAGACGCCCUAAACGCUGUAGAGGACUGUGGUGUCGGCAGUUACUCCUGCACUAGUUACUGUGUGAUCACUAUGAAAACAAUGUAUAGUAACAAAUAGAUUGUUAUUUUAGAGGUUUUUAAAUUAUUUGAUUUUCCUUUGUAUUGAUGUGAGAUUAGGUCGACUUGUCAAAAUUGUUUUUGCUGUAUUCUCGGCUUCCUGUCCCUCGCUGGUUUUCCCUCUUUGAUUGUAUUUUGAUUUUUACACACACCUGUCUGUCCCCCUCUUCUGUCCAAGUGCCUGACCUCGGUCUGUUUGCUUGUUGCUGUCAGCUGCUGUCUUGUUUUUUUGUCCACUUUGUGUACUUGGGAGUUUUAGCUGGAUUCUUCCAGUAAAGUCAGUUUAGAUAUUUUUUCUUUUUUAAGGGUGCUGUUACUUUUAAGUGGCUGUUUUUACAAUAAACCUGAUCUGAGGUGUG